GCUUUCUCAGGCUCACUAUGGGUUUAAUUUUUACCUUUAAUCAUGGUUGGAGCAUUCCUAUCUUGUGUAGUUUGUUUGGCGGGGGAGGGGAGAAUCGAGUGUUUCAGUAAAGUGACACUGGCAGCCAAGCAGGAUCAGGUUCAGGCAGAAAUCCAGAGUUGCCCAAAACUGCUCCACCAAUACUGUUUCAACGAUUUUAGAGUUUAAUACGAAGGCCAAAGUCCUCCUUCAGUAGUACAUGCAGAAGGCUUACUUCAGACAAUCUCCCCUCUACAGUAAUAUGGGAAAUUUGCACUGAAAAUAUACUUAAGAGUCUGAGAAAAAAAAUUAAUUACAUUUAUGGCAUCUUGAACUUCAUUAGUUAUCACAAUCACCAGUGAGCUUAGAAAUGCUGUGUAGAUGCUACUUGAAUGGGUUUUUUUGUCAAAGCACUCCUGCAAGAAAAUAGGAUACAAUUGGAUUUUUCCAUUGCACUAAAAGCACAAAGAUACGGCUUUUUCAGUGGUAGUCCAAGGAGCUGGUGGGCCAAAAAACCCAAACAAAAUAAAAAAUAGUGAAGCUUGCUGUCUUUUGCCUUAUCGGCAAUGCUGUUCAUGGAUGUGUUAACAAUUACAACUCUGAAAUGUGUUCUAAUCUCUAGAGAUUUUCCAGCUGGAAUUAUUAAAGGAGAAUGCUUCUUAAUUCUCUUGUGACCUCUUAAUUCCCUGGUUGGUUUUCAUGGAGCUGGGUAAUUCUGUUUCUUUUUCUUCCACUGCAGUAAUAACAGAAAGAGGAUUAUUUGACUCUUCAGAUUCUAGGUCGAACUUUUCUCCUGUAGAGUAGAAGGAAAGGGACUUCCCUCCUGAUUCAGAGUCCUUCUGGAAAAUUUAAUCUGAUCAAAGCGCUUUUUUUUUCCCCUCAGAUUUUUAGUCAGCUUAAUUCUGUGUAAGGCUCAUGGGAGCACAGUAGCAAGGUUGCAUUUGAUUCUGCUUCCGCAAGCUUGAAAAUGAGCUUGAGAGUGAAGGUCUGUCUCAUUCCCUCAUGUGUACUUAUAGAUGAUGUGGAGACACUUGAUUCUGCCCAUUACAGGGGGGUUGUAACUGGAUGAUCUUUAGGGUCCCUUCCAACCCAAACUAUUCUAUGAGUCUUCUUCAAGGAGUUGAAAUGUCUUGAUGGGAACACCACAAAUACACAUUUUGUUGGUUGGUUGGUUUAAUUCUACCGCCUGCCCCGAUGCAUUUGUUCUGCGUGCACCUGGAAUGGAAUCAUCUGGAGGUGCUUAUCCUUUAUUGAACUCAACCUCCAUCUGCCCUGCUGCAGUAUAAGAGGGUUUGUUUCCUCUUAGACUUCCUUCCUCGAUCUCCUCCCACAGUUGCGGGAGAAGCAGCGGGGCAAGAGACCCUUUUAAUGGGUACAGGUUACAGUGAAAUGACGUGGGAAGUGGAGUGGUGGCUGAGAGACACAGUCUUGCUUCCGUCACAGCUCUCAUCCUCCUGGAUGCGAUAGGCUUAGGGCUGGUCCAUUGCUCAAACCACCCUGAUGCCUCUUUGACAGCUCAGAUUGUAGCUGAAGGAAGGAAUAAAUCAUUGUGUUGAGGGAAUUAAUUGGCUUAAGCAAAAAUCGGAAUAAUAAGAAUCAAAUCUUGGCCAGAUUGCAGUUAGAAAGACUGUGAUUGUAGCAGGAGUUCAGCUUGUUUACUAGUUGACACAGGGAACAAAUCAAGUAUUGAAAGGACAGUCCCACAGCAGGAACCAAAGAUGGACCUGAGCUCACCUAAAGGACACAGUGACAAAGGACAUAAGAUAAAGACCAUCUGACGCUACUGAAGAUGCAAAGAAGCUGUGAUUGCCAUACAAGAGCGAGUGAUAAACCGAUAAUAAAUUCCUGAAAAAAUAAUGGACAUGUAGUAUGUUUCUGGAAAUCUAUAUGCAUAAAUAUGUUUGCUUAACCAGUAUAAAAGUCAUGUAACCAGUUUCAAUAGUUGGAUGCGUUAGGUGGAUUACCCCAUGGGUACCCCAGCACUGUUUAUUAAAGGAAUACCUGCUUAACAAUCAAAUUGGCAUGGAUUAUUGAGUUUGGCUUUUUCACAGCACCAUAGCCCUGCUCGCAGCCCCUCAUCCUGUGACCUGUUUGCAGUGCCAAGGGACAUGAAAGGCAGCUGGGAGACCCUUUUGGUCUUCUCAAGCUCUAAACUGAGGGUUUUGGUGCUGUCUAGUGACGCUGUGCCUAUGGAGGAGGGACCAUGGCAGGGGAGGAGGAGACAGAGCUGGCACGGAGCUGUUGGUGCUCGCAGGAAUCCGCUUCUCGCUGAGCCAGAGAAGCUGUGCAGGGAGCGGUUCCUACUCUUCGAGCCCUUCCAUUCCCCAGGUUUGCAACAAUGCUAAAGGAAGAUACUGUAAAUGACAAAGAUUCUGAGCCAUCAGUAUGUGAGAGAAAUGGUAUGAUUCCCAUGCAUGACAGAAGUGAGGAGGGGCCAGCAGUAGAUGCCAAAGGUACCGAUGGGAAUGUACAAACAGAAGAAACAGCUCUCUUGAACCACUGUGCUCAGCAAUCUUCAGAACCAACAGCAGGGUCUCCGAUACCUCCAAGAACAUGGAGGCAAAUAUUUACUUGUCCUCCUCAGGGUUUACUGGCCCGAAUAGUGACAGAUGUUGCAAUCGUGGUCCUGGUUUGGGCUGUGGUUUGGUCCAUCACUGGGAGCGAGUGUCUCCCAGGUGGAAACCUUUUUGGAAUUCUGUUCCUUUAUUUUUUUGCUGUCAUCGGAGGUAAAAUUUUUGGAUUCAUUAGAAUACCAACACUACCCCCUCUUCCUGCUCUUCUGGGGAUGCUACUUGCUGGUUUCCUAAUCCGAAAUACUCCAUUCAUUAGUGACAUCAUCCAGAUAAACCUACGCUGGUCUGCAGCACUGAGGAAUAUUGCUCUUUCCAUUAUCUUGACCCGAGCCGGACUUGGCUUGGAUCCAAAGGCUCUUAAGAAGCUCAAAGCAGUCUGUUUACGGCUUUCUUUUGGACCAUGCGCCUCAGAAACAUGCACAGCUGCUGUUCUUGCCUACUUGUUCAUGCAUUUGCCAUGGCAAUGGGGAUUUAUAUUAGGUUUUGUUCUAGGUGCAGUCUCCCCUGCUGUGGUGGUUCCCUCAAUGCUGAUUUUACAGGCUGGGGGCUAUGGGGUAGAGAAAGGUGUCCCAACUUUGCUAAUGGCAGCCGGCAGCAUUGAUGACAUUCUGGCUAUUACAGGCUUCAACACUUGCCUUGGGAUGGCUUUCUCUUCUGGUUCUACUCUAUACAGUGUGCUCCAUGGUGUGCUGGAGGUUGGUGUUGGCAUAGCAGCUGGGGGGAUUCUGGGAAUGUUCGUUCGAUAUUUCCCAAGCCACGAUCAGGCGUCUCUGCCGUGGAAGAGGUCAUAUUUUUUACUUGGGCUGUCGAUGUUUGCUGUGUUUGGCAGCAUCUACUUUGGCUUCCCUGGAUCAGGAGCUGUUUUAGCCUUUGUUGCAGGCGUGGGAUGGUCUAACGAAAAGAGAGAAGUAGAAAAAAUCAUUGCAGUUGCAUGGGAUAUCUUUCAGCCUUUUCUUUUUGGUUUGAUUGGAGCAGAAGUAUCUGUUACAUCUCUUAGGCCUGAAACUGUUGGGCUCUGUGUUGCUACACUAGGGAUUGCCCUAGUUGUGCGAAUCAUAGCAACGUUCCUGAUGGUGUGUUUUGCCGGGUUUAAUUUCAAGGAGAAAGUAUUUAUCUCAUUGGCAUGGAUUCCUAAAGCCACUGUCCAGGCUGCAAUAGGUUCCCUUGCCCUGGACACAGCAAGAAGGCAUCAAGAUGAACAACUGGAAAAGUAUGGAAUGGAUGUACUGACAGUAGCUUUCUUGGCUAUCUUGAUCACCGCUCCAAUUGGAGCCCUGGUUAUUGGUUUGGCAGGGCCCAGACUUUUGCAGAAGGCUCAGACAAAUAGUAAGGAUGAGGAAGGUGCUGAGGUUGGAGAAGAGGCAGAGCCCUGUGAACCUUCAUAAGAUGGACAUCUACAGGAAUAUGGUCCUUCAGCCCUUACACUACUUUUGAGUAAACACAGCAUGUCUGUAACCUUUCUGGAGGAAAACAAAAUGAGCAUCAGUUAUGUCUGCUAUUUUAAAAGUAGCCCUGCUGGAGUUUUAUAAAAUACUUUUAUGUGUUGAUGGUAUCUUAAGAGAUGAAACAGCUAAACGUACAGUGAAUAGACUGGCCAGGCAGCCAGUCACUGGGAAGUCAGCAGUCAACAGUUACUUGCGAUGUGUGGGUGUGAGGCCAGGGACAGCAUCGGAAUUCUUCAGGCAUAGAGUGGAGUCAUGAGGUGGAAUAUAAUCAGAAGAAAAUGGAGACUAAUGUGAAUAACUUCUCGAUGGUUGAAACUGGGCCAUGAGAGGACAAGUUCAACAACUCAAAGGAUGCAGCAUCGGAGUGAGAGAUUGGUGACACACGGUGAACGAGUCCUGCCACAGGUUAGACUUCCUCAUUCAGGUUUCCAAACUUCCCUUUUUCUACUGCUGCUCUUCCUCACAACUCCUGUACUCCUUUGUGCCCUCAAGGGACUGUCAGCGCUAGUCCUGGCAGAAACAGCAAGUGGUACUUGGGUGCUUGAAGAAGGAGUUGGGUCCACCAUAGACUCUAGUAAUACAGGUGUUGCUGGUGAUGGUAGAAAAAAGGACUGAAUUUGAAAAUGGGCUGAGGGUUGUAGGGAGGCUAUAAGGACUGGGAGAGGGUUAUACGGGAUUGGGAUGGCUGCUUCAUAACCUGAGUACUUCAACCUUUGCACAACGUGAUGUCAAGGGAGGGAAAUCCAGCUGUUUGGCCACUGGGAGUGGCUACAUUCUGGUGCUGGGCACUGUAGGACAGAGCGGAGAGUUCUUCUCAGGUGGGGUUUGCUAACAGGGCAAGGCCAGGGUGGCAAUGAAUUGUCCCUUUCUUCCUCAGCUCCUUUGGGGGAACUCGGCAAUAACAAGAUCUCUUCUCAAAUCAAGAUUUGUUUGCUUUCUCCUUAGUUAAUGCUCAUCUGGCUGAAAAAUGUCAUGAUCAGGUCCUCUUCACAUCUGUGUUCAGAUAACUGCAGGAAAGAAAACCAAGUAUUUGCUAAAAAUGUAGCCAGUUACUGCUCAUUUUUCCAAGAGAUGACUGGCUGGAUUGCCUGUGGAGAGUGGAGGCCUCUCAGAUUUCCCAGGAUAUUUUUUACCUCUGACUAAUGCAGAAAACUUCAAGUGAACAGCCUUGAAAAUGCAGUGCUGAGAGGGAUGGUACAAAGCGAAAGGAGCCUGCUUUCAGGAAGGCUGCUGCGUGAAGGCAGGUGUCACAAGGAAGCAGUGUUCAGGACACAGCACCAGCACCCUCAGUAUGUAGCCACAGAUCCUGCGAGUCUUCCCAGAAGCAUAAGUUGUGCAUAAUG